CACACAAUUAUUUAAAAAACAAAUUUCUUCUGUUCUUUUCGAUAAUACUAUACUGUUUGAUGUUUAUGCGCGGGUUUUGUUUAUUGAUUUGUAAAAAUUAUAGGUGUCGUUUUUUCGAAACUUCACUUAAGGUUUAGAGCUAGGCAAUUUUUGGAAAAAUGGUCGAUAACCAAAAACGAAUUGCCCGUUGGUACUUCGGUGGCGUGGCAAGCUCCAUAGGCGUAUGUGUAACCCAUCCACUUGACCUAUUGAAAGUGUUAAUUCAGACAAAUAAGGAACAGAUUUCUGUGGUAGGCAUGACACGGAAGAUAAUAAAAGAGGACGGUGUACUAACACUUUAUAAUGGCAUCUCAGCGUCCUUGUUGCGCCAAUACACCUACACAUUGACUCGCUUUGGCAUCUACGCAUUCGGCCAGCAGGUAAUGGACACGAGCAGCAUGUCAAGGAAAGUGGCACUGUCGUCUGUGGCAGGUUUUAUUGGCGGCCUCGUUGGGGCCCCGGGUGAUAUGUUGAAUGUGCGUAUGCAGAACGAUGUUAAGUUGCCGGCGGAUAAGAGACGCAACUACAAGCAUGCCAUCGAUGGCCUAGUGCGUGUAUGCCGCGAGGAAGGACCAAGGCAUCUUUUCAAUGGAGCCGGUGUAGCGGCCUUGCGUGGCAUGCUGAUGACCGUUGGCCAAAUCGCCUUUUAUGAGCAGACUAAAGAUGUACUUAUCGAGAACUUUGGUUUCAAAAAGAACAUGAACACGUUCAUAUUUGCAUCGGUGGUGUCCGCGGUGACGGCUACGAUGAUAACGCAGCCUUUCGACGUCGUAAAGACCCGUCGCAUGAGUGCACGACCCGGCGAGUAUUCUGGCUUGGGUGAUAUUUUCAUAAAAACCGCCAAGGAAGGGCCUAUGGCCUUCUUUAAAGGUUCGAUUCCGGCCUUUACGCGGCUGGGUCCUCACACGGUCAUUUUGUUUCUUACCCUGGAGUUUCUGCGCACUCACUUUGGUUAUAUGCCUGCGGAAAAAUAGCAAAUUUGCGUAAUGGUUGUAAUAUUGUAAUGUAGUAUUUAGAGAGAGAUUAGUGAGAUUAGUGAUUAAAAUUAAGGAAGUGAAAAGUGA